CACGUUCAAAUGCACCUAAUACUGAGAACAAAAUUAAGAUAAUUAUACACAGUGACAGUAUGAUAAUGCUGAACCAUAAACAAAUGGUGGUCCUCCUCAAAACAAAUGGUGGUCUUACAUGUGAGAAUACAAAUGCAUCGGGAAUGCAUAAAUGACAUGUGGACAAUCUGGCCUUGUUUGUUUGGGGAAUUCAAAACUAUCGAGCACGGUCUCCAAUAAAUUUUCUUUAUCUAUCUCUUUUCUACUCAUUACUUUCAAAAAUUUCCUUCAAAACCUAAAACGAACAGGGUGCGUGUGGUCAAUUUGCCGACCCCACAUGGGUGUUCUAUAUCGAUUUCACACAAAUUAAACAACCACACAAAUUCGGAGAUCUGAUUAGAGAAAGUUUCUGGAUUUAAAUUCCAGGAAAAAAUUUCAUUUCAAAUAUCACCAAGAAGGAUAUAGUUAAAAUUUCAUGUUCUGUAUACCUAAAGAGUACAUUAUGCACAAUUAAAAUCGGAUAGGCUUUUUAUCUACAUUUUAAGUAAAAAAAAAAAGCUUUUUGAAUCGAUAAUUUCAUAUAUCUGCCAACGCUGUCUAUAAUUUCAAAGCACUACCCUACAAUACAAUUGCUUCUUGAUUUCAUUGAUAAAGAGCAAUCUCACUCAACUGAAAUGAGUCAGGGGAGGAAUAACUAUGAGGAAGCACUUCAACUCCUUCCAAAGACCAUCUCUGCAAAAAACGGUGAAGGUGCCGGAAAAACAGAAUCCAUCUCUACUGGUUGCCUUUACAGGGUGCCCGAUGAGCUUCGAAAGCUGAAUGAAAGCGCCUACACCCCUCGCCUCAUCGCUAUCGGCCCUUUCCAUCAGGAUGACAAACACCUCCAGACGCCUAUGCAGCAAGUCAAAAAGAGCUACGCAAAUCACCUACUUCAUCGACUGACUGAAGGAAUAGAGGAUCCGGGACUAGCCGAGCGGAAAAAGUUCACGUUGUUACAAGAAUGUGCAGCUGAAAUGAAGAUGUCGAUGGAUGAGGCACAGAAAUUCUACGCGGAAGACGUUACGCUGGAUGAGGAAAUGAUGUUGGUCGACGGUUGCUUCAUCCUCGAACUGCUCUACAGAUUCUACGAGUCAAAGAACAUACCCAAAUUAGAAGAAGAACAAGAAAAGCCCAUCAGAGCAUCUACAUCAUCUUCACCGCUUUUGUCACCCCAUUUACAGGUGCCUUCGACAAGACUUUACGCAGAGAAGCUAACAAGGAGAGAGGAAGAAAUGACUAGAAGGCAGAGGCCUCUGGGAGGAGAGAUAGAAAUGAAAAUCAGCAGCGGAACAAAAACUAGCGACCCUAUUUUUGAUAGCAAGCUGACUGCAACUACCGUCCAGAACGACUUGCUACUCCUCGAGAACCAGAUCCCUUUCUUUGUGCUUGAGAAAUUGUUUCGACUCACUGUGGAUCGGAUCCCGAAUAAUCGUCCCCAUAUGUUUUCACUCACUUAUUACGUCUCUCUGUACUUUGGCAACAUAAUGAGUCCAGAAGAAAGUUCGACAAAUAGUAGCGCGGCGGCUACUAGUUGUGGUUCGCCUAGUGACACUGUCCUUUGGAUUUCUGGCAACAAAAUCAUGAAAAGUUCUGAAGAAGAUGAAGUUCUAACUAAUGCUAGUUACUAUCACAUCCUUCAUAAAAUACAUGAGGAUUACCGUCCACAUAAUCCAGCUGAUCAGAUAGAAAACAAAGAACUUAGCGAAUUCAUGCCUUGUGCAUCAGAGCUCGACUAUGCAGGAGUCAAGUUUGUGCGCGGUACUGGAAAAGAUCUAUUGGAGUUCAAGUUUACUGAACCUAAAGGCCCAUUCUGGUGGUGUCACAGGGCCCGCUUUGAAAUCCCAACUCUAGUGAUAUGCGACCCCACAGAGCCAUUCCUCAUAAACCUCAUCGCCUUCGAACAGUGUUGCCCGGGGGUUUCACAGCACUUCACGUCCUAUGCAUUCCUCAUGGGCAUGCUUGUGAACUCUGACAAAGACGUGGAGUUGCUAAAAAAGGCUGGAGUCCUGCACAACUAUUUGGGUGGUAGCGAGGACUCCACCGACCUUUUUGACAACCUGUGCAAGGAAAUUGUUCUAGGGGAGUUCUUUUUCGCCGACACGUGCAACAGAGCCACAGAGUAUAGUGAGCGUUUUUGGCAGAAGAACUUGAGAGGCGUUAGAAGAACGUACUUCGAUCAUCCAUGGACGCUCAUAGCUUUCUGUCUGGGCCUUAUCCCUUUUGGCAUGACGAUGGUUUCGCUCUUGUCAAGAGUUUCCUUUAGUUAACGCAAAUAAUCAUGAAUGUGAGCAAAUGCACUUCUCAUUGAUGUUUUUGUGUAUUUGCUGACCCAUUGAUGUUCCUUAUUUAUUUAGGACUCUGAUUUCGAUGUUUCGUCUUGCGGUUUUGGAUAUUCGGACGUAGUUGGUUUUGGUAAAUAUUUUUUUGGAAGUUAAUUGCAAGCGCAUUUUGGAUUA